ACGGAGGGUUUUAAAGCUUCCGUUGGAGAGAAAUGCAGGCGGCCGCGCUUCCGUUGUAUUGAUUAUUGUUUUCAUGUUGACCCGUCAGGUCGGUGGUAAUCGUGAGGACGGUGAUGGAGUGCGGCUGGCCUCUGUUAGGUCCGCUGCAGUGGAUUCGUUACGUCAACAAACAGGUGAUGGUGAAGGCGGGAAAAGAUGAAGCGCACAGCGGCUGGCUGCACACCGUGGACCCAGUGUCCGCCAGUCUGGUCCUGGUGAGCUUCAGGGUGGAGGGGGCAGUGUCUGUGCAGGUGGUGAUGGGUCAUGCUGUGGAACAGGUGGAAGUCCUGCAGGAAGCAGAUGAGGAGACCACCGAGCGUCUCCAGACCGUAUUCUUCCCCCAAAGGAUGCAUGGACUGGACCCAGAGGAGCUGAGGAGGCGGAGAGGGAGCAUCCAGAGGUGGCUGGAGAAGAAUCGGGUCCCCGUGAAGGAGGACGGGGAAAUGCUGAGGGUGGCAGGGGUCCUGACUAUCACAGCCCCCUAUGGACCUGAGGACUGCUGCAGCUCUAACGAGAUCAUUCUGGGCCGCAUUCAGAAACUGAUUCAGAGUUCACAUAAUCUAGACUAAUCCAGAUGUCCCUGCAGGACUGAAAACUUUUAAAACCUGUCAGGAUGGUCAAAUCCACCAAACUGAUACCUGCUGUGCCUCUUGACCAUCCAGAGUGCAGGUUGAUGUGGUGGUUCAGAUGUCACAGAACUCGGCUGGAUUCCAACCUGUGACGUCACCUUCGACAUAUUGUGCAUCAGGAUGUCUCUGUCAAACAUCUGAACUCUUUAUUUUGUUUGUUCAGAUUAAAGUUUUCUCUCUGA